GAUAUGGACGAUUAAUAAACUAAUAUUGUGUGGUUGUUAUGUUGGAAGAAAAAGAAGUUUUACAGGCGGAUAAUAUUCCUAAUGGAGAAAUAAAAUGUGACGAGUUAUCAAAUCAUCUAUUUUCUGAUCGCGAUAGCGGAAUCGCUAUCUCUAUCGUUGAGUUCUCUCCGAGGUGUCAAGAAACACAUGCAAAGAUAAUAGAAGCUGAAUGCAAGUUAGAGGAACAAGUAAACAAUUCGCAUAAAGAACUCCGAAAUGCAAAGAAAAACCUUGAAGAGCUGAGAUUACUACGUUUCGAAGAAAAGUCGUUCCUCCAACAAGAAAUUGGAUGUUUGCACGAUAGGUUUACCGAAGAAGAAAGAAACGCAAAUUUUCUUGAGCAACAGCUGGCUAUAUUUCGAGAACAGAAAAACGAUUACGAUCGAAAAAUAAACAACUUAAAAAAAGAGCAAACUAUCGCAUCACAAGUUAACAUGCUGCAAGAGCAAGAGAUUGUUAGACUUGAAAUGAAACUGAAGCAAGAAGAAAGCGAGAGGAUAAGUGUUGCAAAACAACUUGACCAAACACGAAAGUUCAUAAUUGAAAAAGAUCAAUUGCGAAUGAAACAACACGGAGAGCUUAACUCACUCAAAGAGAAACACAACGAGUUAGAAGAAACCGUGCUUAUCUAUAAAGCGGAAAAUGAAGUAAAAUCUAAACGCAAUAGAGAACUUGAGUUUGAAUUGCAUUCUUUAAAACGCGAACUUCUAGAGAUUACGCGUAGUUUUGAAGAAUGUAAAUCUGAAAAUCAAUGUUCGAACCUUUUACUUAAGCAGCAGAGCAUUUCGGUUACUCGUUUAAAAGACGAAGUUACUCACGCACAACAGGAAAUAUCUGAUCUUAGAGAAUUAAACGAAUCUUUGAAAAAAAGGAAUGAAUACCAGGAAAAGGAGCACCAAAAACGCGAAGCUUGUCUUCAACAAGACAUUGAUAAUUUGGUAAUUAACGAAACAAAACUUGUUGAAAAAUGCGAAGAACUAGAGCGUAAUUUUCACGAUAAUCGUCGAAAAAAUGACGAACAAAAUUUUGAAAUGAAAAAUCUCACUGAAAAACUGAGAAUACUACAAUCAGAACUUAAUUUGCGAGAAGAACAGAGAGCUGAAAAUGAAUUUUUGUUAAAUGAGUUAAACUUAGUUAUAAAAAGUCAACUAGCAGCAAAUUUAGGAAGAAACUCUAAUGAAGAUGUUACUGCAGAUGAGCUUGAAGCAUACUUCGAAACAGUAACAUCAAAAAUCAGAUCUCUUCAAACUGAUAUUUCUACAUUAGCUGAACAUCUAAGGCAGAGUGAAAACAAAAGUUGUAAUUUACAUGAGAGUGUUACAAAAUUUAAAAACGAGCUCUUAGAACAACAGGAAAAAAAUUGUCUUGAAAUAAAGCAAAAAGAGUUACUUGAAGAGCAACUUCAAAAAGCAUCUUCAACUAUAACCAAUCAAGAACGAGAUAUUAUUCAAAAGAGCGAAGAAAUAAACCGUUUGCAAAAGAACUUAAUUGAAAAUCAAAAGAAGAUUGAUAUUUUCGAAAAAGAUCUGAUUGAUUCCAAGGAAAAAAACAGGAUUAAAAUUAAUUUUUACGAGGAUGAAAAACGAUUAUUGAAAGCUAAGAUUCAAGAAUUGGAAGGAGAGCGUUAUUUUUUUGAUUCUGCAAAAAAAAAGUUUGAAGAAAAAUUAAAAUUUCAAUACGAAAAUGAAAUUACUGAGAAGAUCAGAUUGUCUAACGAUUUAAAGUUACAAUUAGAUCAAAUGCAAAAAGAAAACAGCGACAAAAAUAAUGCGUACUUAAAUUUAAAAUCGGAAUUAGAAAAGCUCAUAGAAGACAACAAAACUCUUGCACAACGGCUAAUACAUUUAGAAUCGUAUUCUGAUCGUCUUUCCGAUAUGCUAGAAAAACACCAACACGAAAACGAAAAACUUAAGGAGAGUUUACAGAAGGAACGCUCACAAAAACUAGCUGACAAAGAAAACGAAAUCUUAAAUUUAUUAAAUAAGACAAAAGAACUGAACAUUAACUUAAAUAAGUAUACAGAACGAAAUGAAAAACUCCAAAAAACCCUAAGCGAUACAAAAGAAGAUUGUAAAGUUUAUGAUUCAAAAAAUAAAAAACUUAAAGCAGCUAAUGAACAGCUCGAACGAAAAAUAAAAGUGCUAAGUGACUCACAAAUGGAAUCUGAAAAAAAGAUAGCAACGCUCACACGCGAAAAUGAAACUUUAAAUAAACGUUUUGAUGAACAAAGCAGAAACAUUGAAGCUAUGUUUGAAAAGAUUUCUACAGCUGAAUCCGAGAAAUCUGUACUUCGAGAAACUCUUUCACAUGCGGAGAAACGUCUUCGGUUAAAAGAAAGUUUGAUAACAGAUUUGACGAUGAAAUCGGAUCAAACGGUUGAAAACUAUCAGAGUCUAAAAUCAACUUUUUAUAGAAUAGAAGGUGAUGCAAAAAUAUACGAAGAAAUGCUUUCUAACAUAAGUAAUGAAAAGCGAAUACUAGAAAAAAAUAUUGCAGACAGUGAAACAGAAAAGAAGUAUUUUAAAGAUCAAAUAGCAAAUCUUCAGCGACUUCUUGCACAAGCCGAGGAUGAUAAAGAAAAAACGUUGAACCAAUUGGCUCGAUUCGAACGCGAACACGAACGCGCAUUAGAGGAAGAAAAAAAAAGACAACAAAACACCACAAGCAUUAAACAAUUGCAAAUGCAGGUGGCAUCAUUAGAGGAGGCUUUAAACUAUGAAAAACGACGUCGUGAGCAACUUGAAGAGAUGUAUAAUCGACGCGAUGACCAAAUGAAUCAUUUGCGAUCAAGUUUCGGUCAUUCUUUAAACACAAUAACAAAGGAUACGGAUAAUAUUAAAGCUAUUUUAGGAAAAUCUUUGCAAAAACUUGACCGUCAAAUGCAAAUUCCUAAUGGAGAAAUAUCUGACUCGGAUAAUAAUACUGUGUGUGAUCAAGAUCUAUUUUCAGCGAUAAAAAAAUCCAGUUCUAACGUAAUUCAAGGCUAUAAUUCACAAGAAAACAAAUUAAAGAACAAUGAUUAUCGUUCAUUAGAAAAUAAAUAUUAUAGAGACAUCGAUGAUCAAACAAUAGCAAAACGAACACAAUCACUAGAGUUAACAAUUGGAAAUUUAAAAAAUAAAAUUGACUUGAAUCCAUACGGAGAUUCAAAAACGCCUGUAAAAAAAUCUAGUAGUAUAGGACAUGAUAAGAAAUUUAGUUCAAAUAAACGAUUAACACGUUGAUAAACUGCAAGUUAUUAUUUAUUACAAAUUUUGUUUUUUAGGGAAAGAGUUUAUAAAUAGAGUUUAAAAACCGUUUGAAGUA